AUGGUAGUUGAGAUUGAAGCUUCCACAGUGCAAGCGGCAGAGGAGAGUAACUGCACCCCGCCUGCUCAGAGGGAGGCUGGCCUAGGUCCCAUAAAAAGGGGAACAUUAGAUGAAAAGGGAUAUGUAGACAAUGAUCUAGGGGGCAGCCUCUCACAGGGAGCCAGAGUCCCGCGAGAAGAGGCCGGUGACCCUGGACCCCGGGGUCAGCGCGUGCCCCUACUAACUCCUAGACGACGGCCAGGCCCAUCUGCCGUCAGAGGGUCCCAGUGCUGGGGAAUCGUGCCCCCUCCCAGCCGGACAUGUGGAGAAGCUCAUAUCCCAGCUCUCAGCCAUAACCAGAGGACCAGCAUAAUCCUGAGGCCUGAGGCCACCUUCUUGCCAGAACUGCCCCUGAUCCUUGCUGUCACUGCCAUUGGACUUACAGUGCUGGUGUUGACUCUGAGGGGCCUCAACUCAAGGAGGAAGAGACUACUUGUAACCUUAAGAGACCCUGACACCAAAUAUCCUCUGCCCUUGAUUGAGAAAGAGGAAAUCACCCACAACACCAGGAGGUUCCGCUUUAAAUUACCUACACCAGACCAUGUCUUAGGGCUUCCUGUAGGUAAUUAUGUUCAAGUCAUUGCCUCAAUCAAUGAUAAUCUGGUCACCAGGUCUUACACACCAGUGUCGAGUGAUGAUGACCAAGGCUUUGUGGAUUUAAUUGUAAAGAUCUAUUUCAAAAAUCAUAGUAAUCCAGAAGGAGGAAAGAUGAGUCAGCACUUGGAGAACAUGAAAAUUGGGAAUUGUGUUUUUUUUCGGGGACCAGUUGGGCGCCUGGUCUAUAAUGCGCCAGGGGAUAUUUCCAUCAGAAAACACGGUACACAUGAUCCUGAAACAAAAAUAGUGGAGAACCUGGGAAUGAUUGCUGGGGGCACAGGGAUCACACCUAUGCUGCAAAUUAUCAGGCACAUUAUCAAGAACCCUGCUGACAGGACUAAGAUCUGUCUCCUCUUUGCCAACCAGACAGAGGAAGAUAUCUUGAUGAGAAAGGAACUUGAAGAAGUUGCCAAAACUCAUGACCAACAGUUCAAAAUAUGGUACACAGUGGACAGGCCUCCUGCUGAUUGGGAGUAUAGCGUGGGCUACGUUAAUGCUGACAUGAUAAAGCUGCAUCUUCCUCUUCCUGGGAAGUCUACGCUCAUCCUGUUGUGUGGCCCACCCAUCAUGAUCCAGGGCACUGUUCUUCCUACCCUGGAAAAACUGGGUUACACCAAGGAAAUGAUUUUCAUCUUCUAA